AUGAUAAGGACUGAAGACACUAUCUUAAGUACUUCUUAUGAAAAUUCUGAAGACUCUAAAGAUGAAUUUACUCCUCAACAUACCUUGGGAAGCAAACUUGAUGAAUUAUGGAACAUUGCAGGGGACAAUCAAAGUGUGUUAGAUCUGAACAGCUUCAAGUCUCAGUACUCUGAAGCAAUGAGGAUAAGAAGAAGAGCGACUCUCGUCAAAGUUUAUUUCCUCCAGAAGGCUUAUGCUGCAUAUGCCAACCUAACGAACACUCCCAUGCGCAUCAGGGUCUUCAUUGAUGGUUUUAAAUUUUUCACCGAAAAGUGCCAACAAACAACUCUGAGACAUAUUGAUACUCGGAGACUCAUCCAAAAGGAACCCAUAAUGCUCCCAAAUCUGCUUUCCAAAAUGGACUCCAUGGGAACUUCCGAAGAUUCGGUCGUAAUCGUUGGUGACUUCGACCCUUUGAUGACAGAGGAACUUAUUUCAGACCUUGUCCACGAGAAAAAAGGCAAGGCCUUGCUUUUCAAGUCCAUCAUUACUAAGAAGGUCAAGAAGAAAGCAGCUGGUCGGUCGAAGAAAUCGAAUUUUAGAACAGAUUUUAAGAAGAAGCAUAUAAUAAGAUUGAGCACAAAGAAAAAUUUAAAACUAAAGUCAAAGAUUACUAAGACCCCCAGAAUCGGCCCCAAACCUUACUCUCUCACCACAAAACAACUAGUCCCAAACAACCUCCCAACCACCUCCCAGGCCACCUCCAUUUCCCAAAAUCUCAUCCACUAAAACACCUCACAAAAUCUCCAUAAACUUCCCUAAAA